AUGGAAAUAUCUGGAGUGAGCCACCUCCCUCUUCGUCCGCUCUUAGCACUAUCAAAGCCACUUUUAGGCCGAAAGACUCUCCCAAUCAUUAGCACGAAAACCCACAGGCGUUUGAACUCAUCCGGUGUCGAUACAGGACGUAUCAUUGAUAUCAUUUUUCAUGCCAAUGGUAUUGUUAAUGUUCUUGUACACGAGUUGUAUACUCCUGUAUUCACCAACAUUAUGAAUAUAGUCAAGGUCAAUAUCCCUCCCAUCUCGCCAAUUCAUUGUCUUUUCGACCCCAAUGAGGUUCGUACCAACAAUGCUGCUGACCUAAGCGCAAAUCAAUGCAAACGCACCCUCUUGUGCCUCCGCAACACUUGUCCUCACCAGGUCAAGGCUGUUGGUCAUUCUAAGAUUAAUUUGGGUUAUAUCAGUGAAAAGGAUCUUUAA